CGCGCGACCCGCGCGACAAGCGCGACAAGGCGGUCCACGAGCGCGGCCACUGGAACAACAAGGUGGAGUUCGUGUUGAGCGUGGCCGGGGAGAUUAUCGGGCUUGGUAAUGUGUGGCGCUUCCCUUACCUGUGCUACAAGAACGGAGGAGGGGCGUUCCUGAUUCCCUAUGUGGUAUUUUUUAUUUGCUGUGGAAUUCCUGUUUUUUUCCUGGAAACAGCUCUGGGACAAUUCACAAGUGAAGGUGGAAUUACAUGUUGGAGAAAAGUUUGCCCUUUAUUUGAAGGCAUUGGCUAUGCAACACAGGUGAUCGAGGCCCAUCUAAAUGUGUACUACAUCAUUAUCUUGGCGUGGGCCAUUUUCUACUUGAGCAACUGCUUUACCACAGAGCUCCCCUGGGCCACUUGUGGGCAUGAGUGGAACACAGAAAACUGUGUGGAGUUCCAGAAACUGAAUGUGAGCAACCACAGCCAUGUGUCCCUGCAGAACGCCACCUCUCCCGUCAUGGAGUUUUGGGAGCGCCGGGUCUUGGCCAUCUCAGAUGGGAUUGAGCACAUCGGGAACCUCCGCUGGGAGCUGGCUUUGUGUCUCCUGGCAGCCUGGACCAUCUGCUACUUCUGUAUCUGGAAGGGGACCAAGUCCACAGGAAAGGUUGUAUACGUCACUGCAACAUUCCCCUAUGUCAUGCUUCUGAUCCUCCUGAUCCGAGGGGUCACGUUGCCUGGGGCCUCUGAAGGCAUCAAGUUCUACCUGUACCCCGACCUCUCCCGGCUCUCUGACCCACAGGUCUGGGUAGAUGCUGGAACGCAGAUCUUUUUCUCCUAUGCCAUCUGCCUGGGUUGUCUGACUGCUCUGGGAAGUUAUAACAAUUAUAACAACAACUGCUACAGGGACUGUAUUAUGCUCUGCUGUCUGAACAGUGGCACCAGCUUCGUGGCCGGCUUCGCCAUCUUCUCUGUCCUGGGCUUCAUGGCAUACGAGCAGGGGGUACCCAUUGCUGAGGUAGCAGAGUCAGGCCCAGGCCUGGCCUUUAUUGCUUACCCCAAGGCUGUCACCAUGAUGCCUCUGUCCCCACUGUGGGCCACCUUGUUCUUCAUGAUGCUCAUCUUCCUGGGCCUGGACAGCCAGUUUGUGUGCGUGGAAAGCCUCGUGACUGCUGUGGUGGACAUGUACCCCAAGGUCUUUCGGAGGGGCUAUCGGCGGGAGCUGCUCAUCCUGGCCCUAUCGGUCGUCUCCUAUUUUCUGGGCCUCGUGAUGUUAACAGAGGGCGGCAUGUACAUCUUCCAACUCUUUGACUCCUAUGCCGCCAGUGGGAUGUGCCUUCUUUUCGUGGCCAUCUUUGAGUGCAUCUGCAUCGGCUGGGUGUACGGAAGCAACCGCUUCUAUGAUAACAUUGAAGACAUGAUUGGCUACCGGCCAUUGUCGCUCAUUAAAUGGUGCUGGAAGGUUGUGACCCCUGGAAUCUGUGCGGGCAUUUUCAUCUUCUUCCUGGUCAAGUACAAGCCUCUCAAGUACAACAACAUCUACACUUACCCCGCCUGGGGCUAUGGCAUCGGCUGGCUCAUGGCCCUGUCCUCUAUGCUCUGCAUCCCCCUCUGGAUCUUCAUCAAGGUGUGGAAGACAGAGGGGAAACUGCUGGAGAAAAUCCGGAAGUUGACGAUCCCCAGUGCCGACCUGAAAAUGCGGGGCAAGCUUGGGACAGGCCCACGGACGGUGAUGAUUAAUGACUGUGACGCCAAACUCAAGGGCGAUGGGACCAUUGCAGCCAUCACAGAGAAGGAGACGCACUUCUGAGUGUCCACCUGCCACGUUGGAUGCGUCAGCUUCCUUCUCCUCCCCCGUGUGUAUAAAUGAA